GCACUACCGGGAUGAACGACCCGACCCCCUAAGACAAGUCGCCAGCAGUAGUCGACAAUAAUUGAAGGUCAAAAGCAGAUAAUUUGACAAUGAUGAUAAUCAUCAAGUGGAUACUUUUUGAAUGAACCAUGAACAAAAAUUGCAAUUAAUGCGGUGCUGUAGUGUGCCCUGGAGGUAUGUGCACGAGGGUGAGGGUGCACGAGGAUGCACAGGCAACCGUCAGGCUUGCCAUCCGCCGUUCGGCCUUUCUCUCUACCCGUUUGGCCGUGUCGCUGCUGUCAAUCCAUGGACGAGUGGACCUACGUAUCGCUUGGCCCAAUUGUGCCAUCUCCGCGCUUGCGCUGGUGUACUAUCCGAUGCAGAUUGUUCGCGUCUGGCUGGCUGUAUGCUUCCGUGAUAAGCAAUCCAUCCAAGGGAAGAGCUUUUGCGUGUUCCAUCCAAAUGGUGUUGUGGUUGAGAGUGCUCCGUGUUGCCCGGGCAGAUCCAGUUGCGACAACCAUUGCCUUUUCUUUUUGCAUAUCGCCAUUAGAGAUGGUGGAAACAGUAAUGGUAUUAUUGCAAACGAUAAGUGUGAUGGUUGCUGGGUAGGGAUGCCCAAUGGAUCCUGGUCCUCGUCAGAAUAUGCCGGGUCUCGGCUCGCUGGUCGGAGCUUAGAGCAGAACCAGGGUACGAUCCUAGGACCCCCUGACCACAGACGGACGACUGCCGGCUACGACACUGGUCGCAUUAUUUGUACCAACCUAAACCUAUAGCCUCGACAUGGGUGCCAUAGCCUCCAAAACAGUCACCACGCGCGGGAUGGCUUUGGGCGAGCUGUUUCAGUUACUGGGAGGAAUCUGGUACAGUAAUGACUGGGCCAUGCGAACUCUAUAGUUAGAGCGAGUUGGAUCGGGGGGAUGCAUUUCCACGAGCCGCGUUACUGAUCCCAAGGAUGAAUCAGCAGGUG